AUAUCCGACAAAGUUGUUCUAAUAUAUAACGUAUAAAGAUUCAGUCUGAGUUCUGUUCAGAGCUGAGGAAGCAAACAUGAAGACUUUAAUGUGUUUAGUUUUUUGCUUGAGUUCCGCGCAAGGCUUUUUGUUUGGAAAAGAUGCCUUUCCAAAUUGGAACAAGCUCUCAGUGACAUUUAUGAAGUUCAGUGGAUUGCCUAUGAAUGUAAACGAUGCAGUUAGUGAUGAGUGGAAGUUAAACAAAGACGCAUGUAAAAAUUCGACUUUCUUCGUUGGUCAGAGAUACGAUUUAAAAGGAGACAAUGCGACAAUGCUUUUGUUCGAUUCACACGGUCAAAUAGCAGGUAUGCAAAUGGCGUGGUCAAACACACUUGGUGUUGCACAGCAAUGGCUUGGUGGACCAAUCAUUGACGAUGGCACAAAUUAUCACGCGACAGUGUAUUUUACAGAACCAUCUAAAAUUUGCAGUGGAACAAAAAGGGAUAAAAACUACGUAGGAGAUAAGAUGUUUAUUUUGAUGGGUAAAUCUCAACUGAUGACCAUUCCGCUGAAAGAAGAUAAGAUUGCAAACACGAAAUGGGUAAAAGGAAGAUGUUUUUAUGGAAUGGGUCAGCAUUAUUGGUAUGACAUCAGCCGAGACAUGGAUUGCAACAACUUUUUCCCGUUCUUUUUAUUGUACAACAAACAUGUCCUAAACGGUUUCGGAUUUGCCACUGGAUCAAACGUGGUUAGUAAUCGGGUUGAGCAUCCGCCGAAGAGCAAAUUAGGGUGGUUCUUCCAUGCAGCAGAAGCGCCCAUGUGUCUUCAAACAUAUAAAUACUUAUCCACACAACACGUCUACUUAGAUAAAAGACCAUAUCUCAACUUUUGUUAAUUCGAAAUAUACAAGAAACUUA